AUGCUGUCCUCGCAAGACGUGCUGUCCUCGCAAGCCGUGCUGUCCUCACAAGCUGUGCUAUCCUCGCAAGUUGUGCUGUCCUCACAAGCCGUGCUGUCCUCGCAAGCUGUGCUGUCCUCAGAAGCAGUGCUGUCCUCGGAAGCUGUGCUGUCCUCGCAAGCUGUGCUGUCCUCGCAACCUGUGCUGUCCUCGCAACCUGUGCUGUCCUCGCAAGCUGUGCUGUCCUCGCAAGCUGUGCUGUCCUCGCAAGCUGUGCUGUCCUCGCAAGCUGUGCUGUCCUCGCAAGCUGUGCUGUCCUCGCAAGCUGUGCUGUACUCGCAAGCUGUGCUGUCCUCGCAAGCUGUGCUGUCCUCGCAAGCUGUGCUGUCCUCGCAAGCUGUGCUGUCUUCGCAACCUGUGCUGUCCUUGCAAGCUGUGCUGUCCUCGCAAGCCGUGCUGUCCUCGCAAGCUUUGCUGUCCUCGCAAGCUGUGCUGUCCUCGCAAGCUUUGCUGUCCUUGCAAGUUGUGCUUUCCUCUCAAGUAGUGGUGUCCUCUCAAGUUGUGCUGUCCUCUCAAGUUGUGCUGUCCUCUCAAGUUGACCUGUCCUCUCAAGUUGAGCUGUCCUCUCAAGUUGAGCUGUCCUCUCAUGUUGAGCUGUCCACUCAAGUUGAGCUGUCCUCUCAAGUUGAGCUGUCCUCUCAAGUUGAGCUGUCCUCCCAAGUUGAGCUGUCCUCUCAAGUAGAGCUGUCCUCGCAAGCUGUGCUGUCCUCGCAAGCUGUGCUGUCCUCGCAAGCUAUGCUGUCCUCGCAAGCUGUGCUGUCCUCGCAAGCUGUGCUGUCCUCGCAAGCUGUGCUGUCCUCGCAAGCUGUGCUGUCCUCGCAAGCCGUGCUAUCCUCGCAAGCCGUGCUAUCCUCGCAAGCCGUGCUGUCCGCGCAAGCCGUGCUGUUUUCGCAAGCUUUGCAGUCCUCGCAAGCUGUGCUGUCCUCGCAAGCUGUGCUGUCCUCGCAAGCUGUGCUGUCGUCUCAAGUUGAGCUGCCCUCUCAAGUUGAGCUUUCCUCUCAAGUUGAGCUGUCCUCUCAAGUUGAGCUGUCCUCUCAAGUUGAGCUGUCAAGUUGA